GCGGAGACGGACAAUUAUACGCCGCUUUUGCUCACAAUCGAAGUCAUAUUCACCGAACUACUGAAGCGGGGUGAUAUGAUCGAGGAAUUUGUGCCACUGAAGCCAGCAGACCACAGUCCAGAAGCGGAGUACACAAGAUGGCUGCGCACAUGCUACGAGUCGGCACUCACGCGCACCCUGAUCUGUAUAAAGAACGGUCGCACGAACUCACGUCUGCAGGCACUGGUGACCGCGUGCAAGCUGCUGCAGGCUGAAGGAAGAACACCACUAGAGCCCAGUAACGGAUAUUACUUCCCUGCGUUCAGGCUCAAGAACAUAUUCACAGUGCUGUUGGACUCCGAGAUGUCGAUGUCUGCGCCGAUCGCCCGCUUCCAGGAGUUCACGGAGUACAAGGACGUCCAGCAGUACGGGCUGAAGGUUCUCUCCACACUCGCUUACAAAAAGUCGCCAACGCCCAUAUACAUGCAGAACUACCUGGAGUUGCUCGACAAACUGCUUGUGUCCGAGAUACCGUUGGAGCCAAAGAACAGAGUGAAAGAGAGAGAUGAUGAAGAGAAGGAGGACAAGUUGCUGUGCGCUACAGAAGACAAAAUGCCGUUCACAUACAGCGGUGUGGCGUGCAGACGCCACGCGAACCGGUGCUGGGGGUUCGCGUGCCAGUGGCCGCUGUGCGCCGAGCCGCGCACGCACCGGCGCGCGCUGCUGCUGCUCGUGGAGCGCCUCAUGCCGCUGCUCGCCAAGCCGCAUCUCGCCACCGACAUGCUGUGCGACAGUCUGGACGCAGGGGGGCCUAUAUCUAUGCUGGCGCUACAAGGAGUACUGGAGCUGGUGAGACAGCACAACAUCGAUUACCCGGACAUGUACGACCGGCUGUACGCCAUGUUCGAGCCGGAGAUGUUCGCCACGCGCUACAAGAAGCGGCUCAUGCACCUCGCAGAUAUAUUCCUUAGUUCUACACAUUUGCCAGAAAGUCUAGUAGCGGCGUUCGCGAAGCGCCUGUCCCGGCUGGCGCUGGUGGCGUCUCCGGAGGACGCAGUGGGCCUGCUGCAGCUGGUCGCCAACCUCUUGCUGCGACAUCCCGCUCUCAAACGCAUGAUCUGCUACGAAGACACACCAGCUAUAAUGUCAGGCGACCCGUACGUGAUGGAGGAGACGUCGGCGUCUCGUGCGCGCGCGCUGGGCUCGCUGCUGUGGGAGGUGUGCGCGCUGCGCCGCCACGCGUGCGCGCCACUCGCCGCCGCCGCCGCGCGCGUGCUGCUCGCCGCCAGCACCGCUGCCAGCGCCGCCAGCGCCGCCACCGCCGCCGCGCCGCUCGACGCGCACAGCAUGUUCGACGCGGAACUAAAAAAGAGGUUCAAGACUAUCGAGGUGAACUUCGUCCGGCCGCAGGGCAUGGCCGCGCCGUCCGGCGAGCGGCUCCUGCAGUACUGGGAGCUGAUGGCCUGAACACAACCGCAGCCCACGCGACGGUCCGCCAGGUUAUAGCACUUACAUCUGCCACGUACUGUGAGAUUGGGUGAUUUUUACUGCAUUUUCCUUGGUUAUAACAGUAUUUGUGAUAUGUGGAAACAUUGAAGAAGUUAGUUUGCGCCACUGUUGAUGGCUACUACUGUCGGAAAUGUAACGACUCCACUAGAAUACACACUGUCACUGUCGUACUGUCAAAGCACUGGUUUCACGCGUGACGUCAUGUCCAUACAUUCUCGACAGUGAGUGACCACGGUCAGCAUCUACAAAACCGGCUGUCUUAUAUAGGGUGUUGACAAAUAGGUAUAAGAAAACACUACAACUAAAAAAAGGAAUAUGUUUUUGGUUAUAAAUUAUUUAUUUAAUAUUUGGUGUUGUCGUUUUUUUAGGAACUAGCGAUAAGGUUGAUGUUAUUUACAGUGAUUUUGGCUGUUGGAUGUAUUUAUUUAUGGCGCAAACGAUAAACCUGGGUCCAUAUAAUUGUUCUGAAAUGGCACCAACAUGUUAAUGUUUAAAUGAAACAUUGAAAAUAGUAAUGAUGACGCUGUCUGCAUUAUAUUGCAUUAUGAUUGGAUGGUAUAUGGUAUCGGAUUUUUCAUUUUUUUACACAUUUUUAAAACUCACUAAUUCAAGUGUUUUAUUGUAGAAAAAUUUACAAAUUAAUACAUUUAACCGAUGAGGAUGAUAAAUUGACAUUAUCAGUUUCUCAUUCAAAUAUGUCUCAGGAUAUGUUCUCCAAAGGAACUAAGUAAGUUUAAAGCUAGCACAACAUCUUUUCAAGUGGUAUUUAUGUUUAAAAGUUUUUUUUAUUUAUUUACCAAUUUUACGAUAACUUUGGGAGUAACCAAUUCAAUGAAAGAGAAUUAUCUGUAAUAGGUUUAGCACAGUUUUAUUUACGUAUAAACUUGAGUUUAUACUGCCGACUUAUUUUUCAAAUUGCAACAUUACAUUCUUUUAAAUUUUCGAAAGAAGUAGAUUAAUAAAAAUUAUUAAAAAAAGCAUUCGAUCUCUUAUUUAUAAAGUAUUAAAAGGUAUUUAUCUUUGCCAAUUUAAAACAACUCGUUAUGUCAUGUUUAACAUUGGUAACACUGAACAUAAAGUAAUUAGUCUAACACAAUCUUCUGUAGUCGCUAGGUCAAAUUGCAUGAUCGAUUAAACCAUUGAUCAUACAAUUUCGACAUACUCUAUUAAGUAAACAGAACUAUUUAUAUAUUUUAAAUUUACCGAAGUAAUUUAAGUCAUAAGAUGACUAUGCUAAUGUAUAUUUUUUUGGUUGUUGAGAUAACCAACGAGUAUCGACUUGAGCAAAGCCUAAUUUGCAGUGGGCACAGUGUUCCCAGUUGCCUAAUUAGAAAUCUCAAGGUUUCGAACCUUUGCUAGUUGAUGGCAUAUAUCUGUAAUAAAACAGUCCUCCAAUAGGCCUUUUUUUCUAUUCGAUCUUGUGUCCUUGAUCCGUUGAUUUUGCGCGACUAGUGUUUUCAAAAUUAUUCGACACGAUCAUUGUAAUUAUGUAAGAUCCUUAACUCGUAUGAAAAGUGCGAAUUAAAAAUAUCCCUUGAUAACAUCGAUCACGGCUUCCUUGACAACCAACAAAGUAUGAGUAUAAAGGCUUGAAUCAACUAAAUUCCAAAUAAGCAGAUUCGUGUCUGUGUUGACCUUAAAGAUUUACAAUACAUAAUGUUAAUAUAUUAAAGCUGUGUGUGCAAGAAUGGCCUAACCGAGUUCUUAUAUAGAAAAUAUAUUAUGUUUGAAAAAUAUCCCUCAUAAAUAAAUAAGGUAAAGAUCUCACAUUCGAACUGUAAUAUUCUAAAUCUUACAAACUAGUAAUGUUAUAAUGAAAUCAACAAUAUUAUUAAUUGCCAUUUUCAAAAACGAUCCUAAUUAUUUUUUCGAGCUAUUUAAAAAAUGAACCAAUCAGAACAAAGUUUUCUUUGCCAUGAUAACAAAUGACAUUUCAAAUGGUUAAUUCUUGGAAUGGGAUUUAAGAUUGAGAUUGGGAUCGUCUAUCAAAAACGGCUGUAAAUCGCACCUGCACUUGGCCGUUCUUGCUCUACCAACGGCUUAUCUUUAACUGUCUUUUCUUUAUGUACACUAUAAGGGCCUUAUUAUCAAAUUGCAAGUAGAUUUUGGCACUGAACCCUUGUUUAACUUUACAGGUUGCUAUAACCAAAGCUGGUUCAUCAUUAAUUUUUAGUGUCGCAUUUUCGCUAUAAUUUUAUCAUAUUUAGCGUUUCUAUCAUUCAGUUGAUUUGAAUAGGAGCAUAUAAGCUUUUAUUUCCGAUAUUUGGAUUUUACUUCAAGGCUACAAGCUUUCGCUAUUUUUUAUCCGACUACGGCUAACCAAGGAAGGAUAAUGUCUGAUUCCUUCUAACUAUAAUCUUCUCCCUAUUUUUAGAGCGUGGUGUGGUAUUUUAAAACAAAUUUUGUAGAGAAUAUCUUUGAGUAUUGUUGAUGAAAAUAAAUUGCCACCUGUGCAACUAAAUCAAAUAUAUUGCUAGUCAUUAAGGCCUAGCAUUCUUUAACAAGAUUGUUCGAAACCAUGUGCAGCUGACGCCUAUAUUUAUGGCAGGUUUGAAUUUAGCGCCAUCUAUGUCGAUUUAGACUCUAUAAAUAGUAAAUGCGUCGGGCUCGUAAGUAACUUCAGAACGUUCAUAAAAUUUGUGUCGAGUUUACAUUUGAAAAGUAAAACUAUUAUGUAUUUGAUACCAAUAUGAAGACAAAACCAUCGUAUCGAUAAGAAUUUUGAAUAAAUUUUGCACUCGUAAUGUUAAUGUUAAACGUAAGUGGAGUUAAUGUUGUAAUUUGGUUAAUUUUAUUUUUUUACUAUACGUGUAUUGUGUGCGUCUGUGAUUUAGGAAACGGAUGUCGAUAUGUGACAUUGGCAUUUCCCGAAUAUUAUCGUCGAAUUUCUCCGCCUUUUUCAUGAAAAAUAAUACGGACAAUGUUUCUGAUUCACGCCGUGAAUAGAUGGGAAAUGGUCGAUAAUAAUCGAUAUCGAUAAAACAAGUACAUCACUAUAAAAUAAAAUGAACACUUCCAGUAAUAGUAGAUGCUGUGUGACAAGUGGACCAGUUUUUCUACCUUGGUAUAUUAACCCUACCGCCCCCAGUCAAAAGUAUCGAUGUUCGGACAACACUGGUUUCAUACAUAUCGAUAGUUAUAUCGUUAUGUAUGACAUCAGAUUUAUGUGUGUUGAGGUGUAAUGCGGAUUAAGUGUGUCGUAUGCAGGUCGAUAGCAAUGAUUUAUAUUGUUUUACACUCAAAGGAAAGUCAUUGAUAUUAUAAACUAUUCCAAUUUCAUCCUGGUGUAACUAGAGAUGUGCCAAUAUCGACGUUUUAUGAUUUUAUUGAAUAUUGCUCGGAUGUAAUUAAGCUGAGUCAACCUCGAUUCCAUAUAAUUAAAAAAUGUAGAUGAAGCAUUCCGACUUGCAUGCGACACACUCAGUCCAUUAUAUAAACUCGUUAUGCAGUUAACGUUGUACGGAGGUAACGUCUUCCUGUCCCCUAACAUUUGUUUCGCCCAGUUUUGUUAGUUUCAUUCCAGUUAAUGUUCUAACUAGGUGUUGCUAAGGAUAAAUUAAGAAUUUAUUUUGUUAAAACUAACACGAACGCCGCCAUUGGCCAGCGUGACGGCCAUAUUUAUUUAACAUUUUAUUAAUUGUAGUUAUUUUUAAUUGUUUACGAAAGCCUCGCAGUUUGGGGCGCGGCUGGUGCAGCGUUUGUUAUGAUAGGAUUCAUCUAAUAUUAGAUCAUAGGACAAGAGUUACUGGCGCCGGAUAAAGCUGUUAUAAUCUUACCCAUAACGGUGGACUAGCAUGUUUUCUCUAGACAUGAGUUGUAAAAAAUCAGUCAGAAUCCUAUUUAAAUGCUAUAAAAUUAGCUAAGUAUAUCCGACGCGUGAUAUUAGGAUAAAUAACAGCAACAAAAAAUAGUUUUUGCUGUUUAUUACAUCUUGUGAAUUAAGGACGGUAUAUGGAGUUUUCAAUAAUUAAUUAGGUCCUAUUAUAUCAAACUGUUGUUUCGAAAACCAUCGGCCAGUAUAAAAAAGUGCAAUAAGUCAGUGCCAUGACUCAAAAAUAUGUUACAAGUGUAUGUAACUGACAUUGAAUUAGUUAAGUUUAUAGAGCAUACUAUGCUGGUAUACAAGAGGAUGUUUUAAUGUGAAUAUGUUGUUUAAAAGACUUUUUAUUUUCAUUGUAUAAAAAUUGGGAAUGAUGAUGUAAAUCUAAUAAUAGGUUUGGCAACAAAACACAUGUUCAGCGAUUAACUAUUAUUUUUAAUAACCGAUCCCAAUCGCUUUUUUGAUCUUUCCUAAAAAUAGACCAAUCAGAACAGAGCAUUUUUUGACAAGCUUACAUGAGUAAUUUUGAGUGGUCCAUUCUUGGAAUCGGAUUAACGAUUGAGAUUGUGUUAGUUUGUUGAAAACGCCUAAUAAACAUUAAAUAUAAUUUUAAAAAAAUGUGGCCUAUUUGUAAUUGUGUCCAAUAACAAUGUGAGAACACUCUGUACAAUCUGAAUUUUGCAUUUCCCUAGUCUCAUAUUCACAUUAGGCGUCGAACUUUACUACACCAAUGAAACCCGACCCACCUAUAGCCAUACUUCCCCUACAAUCCCGGAGGUGUUAGUACAAAUACUUUUUAUAGAAAUUGCAGUGUAAAGAAAUAUACUCUAACCAGUAUUCAGGCUAUUUUAUUUCGAAGAUGAUAAAAUUCGCAUACGAAAUUUAACGUAUAUUGCAAUGAAUAAUUAACCAUAAGUAGUUAAUUUACUUUAUAAUUUCUACUGAAAAAUAUUUGUAUCGCACCUUCCACGAAUCUCGCACGCAGCCGCGCCCGUCGCAUACAUUGUGAUUAUAGCAACAAAACUAGUUGUAAGCUAGUGUAAGCCAUUAUUUUAAUAUUCAUUUAAUGUUCUAUUAUAUUAAUGAUUAUAAAAAUAAAAAGUACUGAAAA